UGUGCGGAGACCCUGGGGGAAACCACCGUCACCAUGUCUGGCCAGGAGGCAAAACUUUCAACUGAGGACUUGGGGGAUAAGAAGGAAGGAGAAUAUAUUAAACUCAAAGUCAUCGGACAGGAUGGCAGUGAGAUUCACUUCAAAGUGAAAAUGACAACACAUCUCAAGAAACUCAAAGAAUCAUACUGUCAAAGACAGGGAGUUCCCAUGAAUUCACUCAGGUUUCUCUUUGAAGGUCAGAGAAUUGCUGAUAAUCACACUCCAAAAGAACUGGGAAUGGAGGAAGAAGAUGUGAUUGAAGUUUAUCAGGAACAAACAGGGGGUCGUUCAACAAUUUAGAUAUUUUUAUUUUUUUUCUUUUCCCUUAAUCCUUUUUUAUUUUUAAAAAUAGUUCUUUUGUAAUGUGGUGUUCAAAACAGAAUUGAAAACUGGCACCCCAUCUCUUUAGAGCAUCUGGUAAUUUGAAUUCUAGUGCCCAUUAUUCAUUAUUGUUUGU